CAAAUAUUUCAGUUGCUUACUACACUACAGAUGGAAUGAAAAUGAAAUGUAGGUUUUCUCGCAUGUGUAAUAGUUCUGUGAUAUAGUUGAUUAUUCAUGGUCCAGGCAACUCAUUUGUUAAAACUCGUUCACCUGUGGCAGACAUGGUCUCUUUUGUCAUCCCCCUAAUUAUUCCGUUAUUUCCUAAAGUUUACUGACAUUUUUCACUGAAAAAUAUUCUAUUUUUAGUGCAUAGUGGCUAGAGUGUAGAUCGUAUGUGACCAGAAUCUCCUAAACUAAAAAUUGUUCAGGAUGAUGAGGCCAUUGUUUUGUUUCUGGUGUAUUAGUAGCUUUAUGUUUAGAGUAUGUGUAUCUCAGGAUUAUAGCUUCAUAGCGGACAUACCAAUAGAAAACUAUGACCCUGCUGAACGUCAAGAGAACGAUAUGGAUUUGGAAUUGCUUCCUAGAAGAGAAACUCGUUCCUAUCCCUUGAACUCUGAUCCUAAGGACUCAUUUUUUAGAUCAAUGAGGUCCUUCACUGAAGGAGAAGAUAUUCCUAGGCCAGCCUUCCCAUCUGUGCUGGCUUUAAACAACAACAGGAAAAAACGAAACACUGAAGAAUCAAAGGUUACCGAACAAGGCAAGGUACUGAGCGGAAUUGUUAACGAUCUAGGUAAACCUUUAGAAAUCCUUCCCUUGGAUGCCAAAAAUUUAACAGAGCCACAAAGUAGAGAUGGUAAUGAUCAAAUAGGUGAAAACACUCAAAUGUCCAUAAAUGAUUUCAUAAGGUUUAGAAGAUCGGCUGUUGAGCAAAAGGGCAACAAUAAAGAAAACUCACCCAAGGAAGUUCCCGUAUCUGAAAAACUUAUGGACAGAAAUAGUGAUCAAGAUACUCUUCGAAAAUCUAGAGAAAUAACUAACGAACAGUGGGUUAAGCAAGUUUACCCUGUUCGUAGACCCGAUGAGUUUGCUUUUGAUGAUAACUUACCUUCUUCCAGUGAAAAUUUCAGAGUUCCCCGUGUGAAUUUUGUUACUCAGAAAUUGUCAGAUAGUGGACUUGCUUCUACAGAUGUGCGGUCUUCUGGGAGGCAAGCUAGAGCAAGGAACUUAGAUAGAGAUAUUGCAAGGGAUUAUCCUAAAGAUCUUUUAAGAGAUGAGAGUUAUUAUGAUAGAAGACCUCGAUAUUAUGAGAGAAACAGAUUCUAUAGGGAUGAUUUAUAUAGGUACGACCCGCGCGAUUCCAGAUACGCGUACGAUCCAAGAUACGACAACUAUUACAGCCCCGCACCCUAUACACAGCCUCAGAAGCCUCAGAAGCGUAUCAUAUAUUACGCAACCCUUCCCGAACUUCCCCGAAAUCUGCCGAACGUUGAAUUAAGGAACAGAUACAGAUACGACAGGGAUAUGUACGACGACAGAUACUUAAACGAUCCGUACAGAGGUAGGAAAGGUUACCCCAAGUCCAGAUACGACGAAGAGGGUAAGAUCCCGUACCCUGUCAAAGUAUCAACCGAUGUCAAUGUGAGGGAAGUAAAGAAGAAUCCAGAAAGAAGGAUUUAUUCGGAAGUCGAUAGGCCCAGAUAUGCAUAUAAUACGCCACCCUAUCGGGCCGCUGAUGGCUAGAUGGAUGGAGAAAGUUUCUAGAUUGUUAGACCAUAGAAAAGCUUACUUUUAUCUUACUUUUAUAUCUAAAACAUUUUAUUAUGUUUGAAAUAUACCCCGUGGUCGAAUGAAAAUUUCGUCAUAGGAGGCUGGCGUUUCUGAUAGUAAAGUGACAUCUGUUGUCAUUUUUAAAGUAUUGAAUAGUAAGACCUCUGUAUAUAAUGUGAAGACUUUUUAUUGGACCAUACGGUAUUUAUUUAGAUUUAAUUUUUCUCCGGUGAAUUUUUUUCAUGAUUGUAUUUUAUCUUCUAUAAUAUACAUAUUAUAAAUGUUACUUUAUAUGUACCAUUUUAUUGUACAACAGAAAUGUCAAGAUAUAUUUCACCUUUAGUUACUUAGAUUAAGCUUAUUAAAUUUAUGAAUAAAAAUAUAUAUUUUAAGUAGAUCUCUAAUUUUUAAUUUUAAUUCUUCUUUUUGGGAUAUCAAAAUAAUCGAACUGAAUUGUUUUGGUGAAAUUAUCUAUUUAUUUACUGUUCUCUUUCUUUUGUUAAUAUGUUUUUAGACAUUAUUGUUGAUACCAUUUU